CACCCUCCCAAUCCCUCUUCUUCCCCUUCUUUUUUUUCUCUUUCUUUCUUUCGGGUUCGGUGGAAACCCAGCCUUGCUGGGUUCGUCGACCAGCCAAGGCUGGGUUCAUCGGAACCCAGUAGAUUUGGGUUUUGACAAACCCAGCUUUGUUGGGUUCAGUUGAAACCCAGCAAGGCUAGGUUCGCGACCAGCCAAGGCUGGGUUCGCCGGAACCCAGCAGAUCUGGGUUUCGACGAACCCAGCUUUGCUGGGUUCGGUUGAAACCCAGCAAGGCUAGAGGAUAGAGAUGAGGAAGAGGAAGAGGAAGAGGAAGAUGGAGGGAGCAUUGUGGUUGCUGGUUGUUGUAGUGUUAGCGGUUGUGUUGGCGCCGGCGGAGAGUGCCGGUGACGUGAAGAUAUGGCCAAUGCCGGCGUCGGUGAGCUCCGGUAACAAGAGGCUUCACUUGAGUAAGGACUUUGAGCUGUUGACUCAGGGGACUGGCUACAAUGAUGCUUCGGGGAUAUUGAAGGAUGGUUUCAACAGGAUGCUUGCUGUGGUCAAUAAUGGCCAUGUCGUCGACGGUAAUUUCUCCGAUAAGUCAUCUCUGCUCAGUGGAUUGCACGCUUUACAAUAUGGCAUUGAUGAGUCUUACAAAUUAAUGGUCCCUUCGCCGGAAAAUCAAGCUUAUGCCCACCUUGAGGCAAACACAGUUUUUGGAGCUUUACAUGGGCUUCAGACAUUCAGCCAGUUAUGCCAUUUUAACUAUAAAAGUAGAGUGAUUGAAGUUCAUAUGUCACCUUGGACUAUUACUGAUCAGCCAAGAUUCUCUUAUCGAGGCCUCUUAAUUGAUACAUCCCGUCACUAUCUUCCUUUGCCCGUCAUUAAGAAUGUUAUUGAUUCCAUGACCUAUGCAAAGCUGAAUACUUCUUUUGUUCCUGAUAUGGUGGUUAUCAACUGUUGCAGUUAUGCCCAAAAACGAGGGAUUAAUGUAAUGGCUGAAUUGGAUGUCCCUGGGCAUGCACUCUCCUGGAGGGUCGGCUAUCCUGCUUUAUGGCCAUCAAAUUACUGUCAGCAGCCACUUGAUGUCAGUAAUGAAUUCACUUUUCAAGUGAUAGAUGGAAUUCUUUCAGAUUUCAGUAAGAUCUUUAAAUUUAAGUUCGUUCAUUUGGGAGGUGACAAAGUUAAUACAAGUUGCUGGACUGAUACUCCAUGCAUAAGCAAAUGGUUAAAGAAGCAUCACAUGAAUGAAUCCCAAGCUUAUCAGUACUUUGUCUUGAGAGCUCAGAAUAUAGCUCUGUCCCAUGGAUAUGAAAUUGUUAACUGGGAGGAGACAUUUAACAACUUUGGCAAUAAAUUAGGCCGGAAGACUGUGGUGCACAACUGGCUCCGUGGUGGAGUUGCUCAGCAAGUGGUGGCAUCUGGAUUAAGGUGCAUUGUGAGCAACCAGGAUAAGUGGUACUUGGACCACUUGGACACUGCCUGGCAGGAAUUCUAUAUGAAUGAACCAUUCGCAAAUAUUACAAACUCCAAGCAACAGAAGUUAGUUAUUGGUGGUGAGGUAUGCAUGUGGGAUGAACACAUUGAUGGGUCAGAUAUAGAACAAACCAUAUGGCCACGUGCUGCAGCAGCUGCAGAGCGGCUAUGGACACCAUAUGACAAGCUUGCCAAUGAUGCAAGUGAAGUUACUGGAAGGUUGGCUUAUUUCAGAUGUUUACUGAAUCAAAGGGGAGUUGCUGCUGCUCCAUUAUCUGGACCAGGCCGAGUUGCCCCUUUUUGAACCAGGUUCCUGCCACAUGCAAUAAGAAGCAGAAGCACUGGAACAACUCCUAGUUGUAAAAAACCAAUUUGGCUGUAAAUUGAAAAAAUGCCCCAUUUUAAUGUACCUCAUACUGGUGGAUGCAUCUCACCUGUUAAAGAUCAGGUAGUUUCCACCAGCUGCUUUCUUCAAUUUCUUCAGCAAAAAGUUAUCAUGUCUUUCUACAAUUGAAGCACAGCUUGAAAAUUCAACUCAAUGAAUGGAUCUUUUCAUC